AAGGAACUCGAACGAGUACGAAAUGAGCGGGAUACAUAUAAGGCUCGACUCAAUGUGGCAGGGGGCAGCACGAGCAGCCUCGAAUUGCAUCGUGACAUACCCCAGAAAAGGCAGACCAGUCGUGAUGGGAGGGAGCGCGAGCGUGCUGUAACUCUUGAGAGCCCAGCCUCGGCACAAGAUCCCCCUUUACGCAAAACUAUGACAAGAUAUACCUCUGAUGAUAUUGUAACUCCUCGGUCGUCCGCUCAUCCACCUUCUCUUCUCGCAUCUCGUCCUCAAGAACACAUCUCUCAUACUUCCGAAAGCUCUUCAUCGUCGCUUAAUGCCGCUCAUAUCCCUUCUGCUACCCCAGUUCGCCAGAAAUCACCUCUCGCCCCUCUUGUCGUCCCCCCUCGUACAGACACCUUACCACAGAUCUCUACGUCUCAGGAGAGUGCGUCUUAUUCGUCGAGUACGUUGGACGUUCAGAAUAGUACUUCCAACAAUCCGAAGUACUCACAUUUCACACAUGGUUAUAAUGAUUCAAUCAUGUCUACUAUGACUUAUUCCAGCGGUACACCGGCCCCGCCUCAAGCAUAUCAGCGAAAAUCAAGCAUUUCUGAGAGCAUAAAUAGUGUUAGCAGCAACGCUACCGGAUUCUCCGCCUUCCCUCCAACGGAAGUUUUGUCCAGCGCUGCGACGUACAAUGGUGGAUAUCCCGCAUCUCAACGUAACGACCAGAGUCCUCAGCUCGAUGUUCCCCAGUCAGCACCGGUUAUCCAUACGAAUACCAUCCUUCAUACUCCACAAACGGCGACACCUAAAGAUGUCCAAAUGCACUCAGGUCAACCACCGCCUGAGAUACAGGCAUCUACUCCCAUUCCCGACCCAACUUCAUCACUCAUUCCACCAUCCACCCGGGCAUUUUUGUCCCGUGACUCUCGAAUCACACUUCCUGAUGAGGCUAGGCAAUACAUUGCGAACAUGACAGAUUCACCAUUGCCUAGCCCUGGGGUUGAUGCACUCGGCCCAGGUUCAAGGCAAGCAGUUCAUGGGGAAGCAGCAGUAAAAUCCGUUGAAUCAACCAUCAGUGCUCGAAGUGGAGAUACUUCGGAAUUUCUUGACUUCGAUGAAGAGGACGAUGCGGGAGAAGACUUUGAAGAGCUUGAUAGUACUGCUCCGGAGGAUGGAAUUGCCAAUGUGGAUACUGUGCUAUCCGGACCAGAGGUGCCAUCUUCUAUGGCACAACCUUCGGUCUCGACUUCCGCUCCGAAAUCCAUGGAGAGCGAGCCCUUCGUUCAGGCUCCACCUCGAAAGAGUAGCAACCAUCCGCCUGAAGAGUUUUCCCAGCCUCAGUCUUCAACAUCACCACCUUAUCUGCUUCCUCAAUAUGCAAAGGAGAUCAGAACAAAUUCAACCCCUCAAAAGACUGGAUCUCCCAACCCACCUCAGCCGACCGUGCCACAAUCAGUCAAUGGCCCCUUCCGAGCGCUCCCUCUUCUAUUCUCAGAUUUGCCUCACACCAAGAUCAACGUCUCGCAUUCAUUCGUAAGACCUAACGAUCGCGGGAAAGAGGUACUCUCUUUCAUAGUACAUGUUGAUCCUGGUAAAAGUAAAGGCGGUUGGAAAGUCGAGAAAAUGUACAGUCAUGUUCUCACUCUCGAUCAAAGGGUCAGGAGCAGUAUUGGAAAGGGUGUAGGCAAGAAGAUCGCAGCGUUACCGGAAGGUAAAUUGUGGAGAGAUCAUGCUCCUGCGAAGGUAGACCAGAGAAAGGCUGUACUGGAAAACUACCUUCAAACUUUGAUUAACCUGCCGGUCAAAAACAAUGAUGAGGUCAUUGCUUUCUUUACAUCUGAUAUUGUAAAAGAAACCAUGCAGCCAGUGAUGCAAGCUGGUCAUAAGGAGGGUUAUUUGACGAAACGGGGUAAGAAUUUCGGUGGCUGGAAGACAAGGUACUUCGUUUUGCAGGGGCCGGUAUUAGAGUACUUUGAUUGCCGGGGUGGCACUCACCUCGGGUCAAUCAACGUCACUGGAGCGCAAAUAGGCAGGCAGCAACGAAAUCCCAGCGCGGCUGCAACGGACGAUGAGAAGGAAUAUCGACAUGCAUUCCUCAUUGUUGAAGCGAAGAAGGGUCCAGGAGGCAACCAUCCUCGUCAUGUUCUGUGUGCCGAAAGCGAUGUUGAGCGUGAUAGCUGGGUCGAGAUUCUUGUUCGUUAUUUCUCUGGAACGUACAGUGAGGAGCCGGUUGCAUAUGGUCCGGGUCCCACGCAGCAACCACGUCCCAGUGCAAGCAAUGAUGGUGCUCCUCCAAGAAGGCUUGUAAGAGGCUUAUCGAGGGACGACAUGGCAAUCUCGAAAGGACAAGCUAUACCGAUCUCUCAACUGCCGCCUGAUGUCAUCAAUGCGAAGUUCUUCCAAUCUGGCCCCGCCAUAGACGACGUCCCGCGCUCUACUAGUCCGUCGAAACCUAUUGACAUGCAUACUUCUGAACGGCAGCAACUUCCCUCGUCCUUUUCAGACUCCCAAACCGCCAAACGAAUUCUAGAGCGAGGAUAUGGUCAGCCUUCAAGUUUUCCCGACUCCUCCCCAAUAUCCAAUCCGUCUGCGUCGGGCGCUGAAGCCGGCCAAAGGGCCAAUUCUGAGCUUGGUCACUAUCCGGACAUGAAUGUAGCUCCACAGCAACCCCGUCGCCACUCUCCAGAACGACACCGCGCACGCGACCAGCUCAAGCCAUUCCCGCACGUUACCACGGGAGACACGAGCUCGUCGCCAACUGCCUCUUCUCCAUCCGACCGCGUCCCCUCCCCAGAAAAGUUGGACGCGAACAGCAAGAUCAAGAUAUCUGGACCACUCAAUGGAGCUCCCAUUCCAGCUGGAUACAAGUUCGGUGGAAAAGAAUCUUCCUCUGAGACAACAUCUGCCUCUACCCCUCUUAACGAUAGAAGAGAGAAGGCCAAAUCUCGUUCGUUCUGGGGAUUUGGGAAACAAAAUGGUGUACCAGAGAAGCCUGUUCUACCUUCCACCUCCUUUACGCCUCGUGCAGUUUUUGGAGUGGCACUGGAGGAAUCGCUCGAUGUUGCCCAAAUAGUCAACUUACCUGCCAUCGUAUUUCGUUGUAUACAGUAUCUGGAAGUCAAGAAGGCAGAUCAGGAGGAAGGAAUUUAUCGGCUCAGUGGGAGUUCGGCUGUCAUAAAAAGUCUAAAGGAUCGGUUCAAUCUUGAGGGUGAUAUAGACCUCAUAGCGUCCGACGAGUAUUGGGAUCCCCAUGCCAUCGCUGGUCUUCUCAAAAGCUAUCUUCGUGAGCUUCCCGCCAGCAUCUUGACGCGGGAGUUGCACGUGAGGUUCCUCGCAGUUAUUGAUUUUGUUGACCCUCAGGAGAGAAUCAGGGAGCUCUCGCAGCUAAUAGCAGCGCUACCGAUCGCAAACUACAGUCUUUUAAGAGCGCUUACGGCUCAUCUGAUCCUUAUUGUGCAAAAUUCUGCUGCCAAUAAAAUGACGAUGCGCAACGUAGGGAUCGUCUUCAGCCCUACACUUGGCAUUCCCGCAGGUGUUUUCAGCCUUAUGUUAGGCGAGUUCAACCGAGUCUUCAACGUAGAUGGAGAUAAGGCUACCAACGAGUCGACCUCCUUUAUCGAUGAUGAUCGGCGCAACAGUCGACAGUACUCGGAAGCCGCUGCUGAUCAGCUUCUUGGUCUCAGUGGGAGGACGCUAAACAAACCUGCAGAUGAAGUGCAGUCCGACACAGAUGAUUUAUCAUCAGUUCAAGAAGAGAGCAGCAACGAAUCAUCUUCACGAUCCAGUCCAAGUGUAGCCCACUCUCGUUUAUCUCCUCCAGACACCCCGCUCGCGCCUGCAAAAUCUACAAAGGCAUCCAGCGUGGCUGCAACGAAGGGGUUGAAUCUUUCCAUAUCGACGUCGGAAAGAGGAAACCGUCACUCGAGGAUGAUGGGGUUGCCUCAUUCACCUCGACCUCCCCAUUCACCUUCCCAUCAAUCCCCACCGCAGUGAUCAUUGCACUGUAGAUUAUUGAUACAUCUGCUACGUUUUUAUCUUCGUGUUGUCUAUUUAGGAGGACAUUUGUCUUAUGUAUACCCACUCUCGAUAUCCCACACGAAGCUGUGCUAAUAUUGGUAAACCCCUUGAGCUAUGUAUCU